AUGGUCGUGCAACUUAGAUGCUCACUUGCCCGGCAUGGUUCAAAUCCCUCUAGAGGUGCUGACGAAACAAUGAUAGUAUCCCAAAUCGGCCUCGAUGACAAAUGUCCUUCCCAUAUUUUACCUCGUAUCACCCCUCAAAAUGAGUCUGACAAGUUAGAUGCUUCAGAGGCAGCCAAUUCUAGUCCAAGAUUUGAGCUUGAAACAGCUGAAGAUGCACAACACUGUGUGAUUGAUGAGGCCUCAGAAUCCUCCAAGCUUCCGCUGGAACCCGACUUUAAUUUAUCGGGCGUCAUGAGGCCGAAGGGUGAUCUGAUGCGGGUUCCAAUUAGACGCUUAACUCUGCGGCCAGCAUCUUGGAGUGAUCGAAUAGAUUGUCUAAAGAGCAAGUAUGAAAAUGAUUACGUAGAUGAUCUUGUGGUUUGCGAACAUGAACCUGAGCCAACUGACGCUCCAGACCAACCAGAAUACGAAAAGGCUCUCAAAGGUGGGGUAGAGGAGCAUUUAUAUAGCUCUAUUAAUUCUUUAUGCAUAAUUUCUUUGAGACUUGGUUCGUCUUUGUUUUCACAACUUGAUCGAGGCGUCAGGGAGACUUUGUGGAACGUACCUAGUCCUGUAUCAUCUGCCAUAGUAUUCGUGAUUUCCUGCCUCGGACCAUUGACUUGA